UAAAUGCUGUUUUGCUAUGUCUAUCUUUCGGAUCUGGCGCAGUGCGCGUUAGGAGGCCGAUAAGAGCCGCGCUGCCUGCCGGGGCCAUUAUUCUCCGAACCGGACAGACCCAGCGGGCCCGCCGGGUCUUCCCACGCGGCAGGUCCGGUCUCAGGACAUCCCGCGCUGGGACAGCAGCCUCGUGACGUAAACAUGUCAGUGUUGUGAACGGUGAGCGCGCGCGACUCGAGCUGCAGGAGGACGGAGCGCGCGCCCGCUGGGGGCAUUGCCGCUUGUUCUCUUCCCCCCCCCCCCUCAGCGCGGAGUGGACCGACCCACGGAGCAACAGGAAGGCAGCGUCCUCCUCCUCCUCCUCCUCCUCCUCCUCCUCCUGGCCCUUCAUCGCUCGGAGCGACUCGGCUCCUCUGCUGGAUGUUUUCGCUCUGAGCUCCGGACCGCUGUUUGCAGCUGGUUUGAACUGAGCAAAAGGGAAGUCCUUCUACAGCCAUGCAAAAGGUGGAGGGACGUGUCACUCCUGUCAACCUGCCAUCUUCCAGGGGCCCAAGCGCUCCAGGGUCUCCUGCCACUGGCAUAAUGGCUCGUCUGAAUGACCAGGUGGUGGGUUACAAAGACCUGGCGGCACUGCCCAGAGAUAAGGCCAUCCUACAGGUGGAGAGACCCGACCUAAUGACCUACCAGCCUCACCUUAGCUUCUCACCACUUGACCCGCCACGCAGAGAGCGUUCUCUGUCCCCUCCUGCUAUGUCUCCAUCCAUGUCUCCUGAGGUGAAAGGUCGCAGAGCAGAGAGCGACGGCGGGUCACCUGGAGGAUCCACGCUGCAGCUGCAGGCGGGACGCAAGAUCAGCACCAGCAUGCAGCAUUUCCACCGACCAGAUAACGGCACCAACAUCUACAGGAAGCCUCCCAUCUACAAACAGGACCUUCAAACACACUCGGAGGGCAGCGGGGUCAUCCAGUCUGCCAAGUUUCCUGCCGCCCAGCCUCCAGACCCCAACCAGCCCUCCAAGAUUGAGACGGAGUACUGGCCCUGCCCGCCUUCACUGGCUGCCAUGGAGAUCGAGUGGAGGAAGAAGAAGCUUCAGGAAGAAGAUGAGUUUGAAGAUCUGACAGAAGAAGACCAGCUGCCGCAGGAGCAGGAGCUGGAGCUGGAGAAGAUCAAGUCUAACCUGGGCCGUCUGAUCCUGAAGGAGGAGAAGGAGAAAGGUGUUCCCAUCCGCAGGAAGACACAAUCUCUGCCGGACAGAACGCACAUGCACAGCAGUUUGUCAGCUAGUGCAACAAAGUCGCCUUCACGCGCACCCCUGACCAGAAUGCAGUCAGCGGAGUUUUCCACAGACGGAGAUAAAGGACGGCCAGCUGCUCAGAACGGAGAGACCCGGAGAGAGCGCAUGGAUAGAGGGAACUCUCUUCCCAGCAUCCUGGAGCAGAAGAUCUAUCCAUAUGAAGCCCUGAUUGUAACCCACAGAGGGCGCUGUAAGUUGCCGCCAGGAGUCGAUCGGACUCGGCUGGAGAGGCAUCUCUCCGUGGAGGAGUUCCAGCAGGUGUUCGGGAUGCCCAUUGCAGAGUUUGACCGCCUGUCAUUAUGGAGACGAAAUGAACUGAAGAAAAAAGCCUCUCUUUUCUAACAGGAAUCAACCUCAUUCCCAACCAAUACUUGAUGAAGCCCCUCUCCAGUAAGGAGGAGGCAGAAAACAGGCCAUAUCUUCAGCUAUCCAAUCAGCAAAUAAGCAGCAAGACCCAUCUCCACCAUACUACCAACCCAUGUCCCUGGAAAUGUGUGCUGCCCCCUCGUGGACCAGUACGUCUGAUGAUGACCAGUUCUGGUCAGAUCUGACUAACCUUAACCAAUGCUCUGACAUAUUACCAGUGCUGCACUUAUAACCACCACUGCUUGCAAAUCAUCCCUGUCAUUUAUUCUCCACCGCCAUCAUCAUCGUUAACGUGACAUUUAGUCUCAUAGCGUUACACCUCCAGAGGACAACAUCUUGAACAGAGAUCAGCCGUUAUCUUUAGGAUAAACUCAGGUUUUCCUGGUAUCAUGAAGCUGGUGCUAACCUGUGGGUUCAAAAGAGGCUGACUGCCCAGCAAUAGGAGCUUCCUCCAGCGGUCCCUCCGUAAGUCACUGUAAAGUCUGUUAAAACACUUUCUUCUUCUGACAUCUGGUUUAGAUCCACACAAGAUGGUAUUUAAGUGUGUCUGUUUAGAGUUUAGAGUGUCUGUUUUAUACAACUGGAGAAGCAGUUUAAUGUCUUCCUGCAGAUACUGUAUCUUACUCUGCUGCUGUUACACUUUCUUAUAUGGCCAUGCAUGCUAGCAUAUCUCAAAUCAUGUUUUACGUGGGUCCAAAAGUGAAGAAAUGGACAUUAAGUCAUUUCCUGUCUAUAAAGUUAAUGCAUUGCCGCUGUUGGGUGUGUAGAAUGUGCAGGGUGCUGCAUUAGGACAGAGAAUCAGAAUAUUGAUAAUAAUAAUCUUUAUUCUCAUUGCAAUGUACAUUCCAAUGAAAUUUGUUCUCUGCAUUUAACCCAACCCCUUGGGGAGCAGUGGGCUACCACUGUGUGGUGCCUGGGGAGCAAUCUUGGGUUAAGGGUCUUGCUCAGGGAGCCUGAGUGGCAGUCUGUGGGAGUUGAACCCAGAACCUAUGGGACACUAGCGCAAUACUCUAAGCAUCAAAGCAUAUGGACACAAUAAGUAAGUUAAAUUUAGUGUGAUGUAACAGUGUCAUCGAGGGAUAAAAAUUUAAUGUUCUAUACACAGUUACAUAGUAUACUAACCACCUCAAGUAGGUGUAAUAUUUAUUAGCUAAAUAGUUCAGAAGGUAGGUUAGCAUGACCUCCUGUUGGAGCCACUGCAAAGAUUCUGCAUAGUAAGGUGAGUAAGUCUUCAGUACAGACCGAGUGUCUGCAUGGUGUAGCAUGAGAUCAAGUAAAAUUAUUAUACAGAUGGUUACAGAACUGCGUAUGACUUAUAUAACUUUGAAAUAAAUGCAGUACAUGGCGUAUCAGGGCUGUGACUGCAAUGCCAUGAAAUAUUGUCCAAAAAGGUUGUGGCAAACUGAUUAAAACUAUGUGUUACCAUUUUAGAUGUAUGGCGAGGUAAUGCUGGAGCACUACUUAGUUCAAGCCACAUUUUUUGAUAUGUCAUUGAAACAAUAUGCAACAGUGUGGCAGAUCAAUUAUUGAUCGUAAUCUCAGAUGUGAACUUCUCAUGUUUAACAGAAUUUUGACACUGUGACCACUUAAUUUAUUUAUUCUUCUUAAAAUAUCUUACGAUGGUAGGAUUCAGACUUUAGUUUAUAUUAAUGAUUAUACAUUUAUACAUAGCGUCCCAGAUGUUGCUCAGAUUCCUGCUCUGGUGGGGUUCACUGAGCCAGCUGCUCACUAAAGAUAUUUGAGAUAUCUGUAUUACUUACAAACAGUCCUUAGGAUGCUUACGCUGCUUUUGUUAGAAUUUAGAAAGAAAGUAAGAACACUUUGAUCUUCCAAUGGAGAGCACUGCCAGGUCACCCAUGCUCUACUGGACCUCUCAGUAAUCUAAAUGGAUAAUAUUUUGAUGUAGCCUGACAUGGCACCGAAAUGCAACCAGAACUAUUUGGGGAUUUUAACAUACAGUUAGAAAUGACCAAAGAUUAGACCGUUUGAUGAAUUUUUACUAAGCUACAAAGACUGCUUAAUGCCAAAUAAACUGCUGGUAAAAUCCUGAACAGGACCACUCUGACAGGCUUUUCGGCGUAAAUAGUGUACUUUUACUUUGAUAUAACCUUAACUGUAUUAUUAUUGCAUGACCCUAAAGUUAUUAAUAAAGGAAUUAUUCUUUAGUGUUAGUCUAAACCUCAACUUUGGUUCUGUGUAGUUCACUUUAGACACAUUAAAACAAGUUAGUCGUUUUUUGAAACUAAGAACGGAACAAUUACUAUCUCAGCUUCAUUAAAGAGGAAUUAAUUUUUAACCUUAAGGAAUAAAAAUAUUUAUGGUUUCUAAGUAUCUGUUGCGUAAAAGCUCCUUUGAGACGUACUAGAAUGUACGGUUAAGAGGUUCUGGGGGAACGUAUUUUUAGGGAGGACCGCAAAUGUCCCUGAAUGUUUAACAAAUAGAAAGAAAUAAAAAGCAUCAAACCGUCCUAGAAACAACAAAUAAUGCAAGUCUGUUGCCCUAAAGUGAGUGUAGAGAGAACAACAUGAAGUUUGUCAGACGAGGGAUCAUUCAAGGUCAGAGCCAAUGUUCAGCCAACUUUUUAAAAACGCUGCCUUUUUAAGCUAAUGUUAGCUGAGCGGGACUGUUCUGAUGUCUUGCUCUUCAUCCACACUGAGGUUGUUAAACUAGCUAUUCACGAUGGGUCAGAAGAGCCAUGUUACUGAAUUUGAAAAACACUAAAACUGAACAGUGAACCCUUUUCAAGAAAUAAUGCAGAACAUUUUAUCAUUUAGUGGUUGCUACUAUCAGUGCGUCGCUAGAUUUGUUUUUUUUCUGCUGUCCAAUCAAAAAUAUGCUUCAUGUGUUGAGGUUCUGAGAAUACCUACCGAUAGGAUAAACACAGCCA